AUCUGCUUAAACGGUCACAAGAUGAGAGCAGAUUAGACAUUUAACUUUUCACCUUUCGCUUUGUUUCAUUUAGUGUGAUUGUGAAAGUCAAAGUAGUCAAACACUCAGCGCAAGAGCACUUGGCUACAUGUGAAUGUCUGCCGGUCUCCCAGCGCACUGCGCUGGUGAUGCCAUGCCGCGAAGUCAUACCGGCGACGAGAGCAGCGGCACCGGGCUCUGGCUAAAGACCUCGACGGGACGCCGGGUGCAGGACUACGCACUGAAAGAUGUGGAGUCUGGGAGGAGGACGAUGAAUAACGCGGUGCGGGUCGGUGACGGUCUCCUUUCUCCCGCCACGGCAGGUGCGGUGGGGUCGGAGAGGAAGCAGGGUGCCCGGCUCAGUCUGCUGGGGAAGCCGCUGACCUACAGCGCGCAGAGCGGCCGCAGGAACGCACGCUACCGGCGGCUCCAGAAUUACCUCUACAACGUGCUGGAGAGACCGAGGGAAUGGGCUUUCGUCUACCACGCCUUUGUGUUCAUCCUGGUGUUUGGAUGUCUCGUUCUCUCUGUGUUUUCCACCAUCCCUGCUCACCAGGAAUUCUCUGCACACUGCCUGCUUAUCCUGGAGUUUGUGAUGAUUGUAGUGUUUGGCCUGGAGUAUAUCAUCAGGAUAUGGAGUGCUGGCUGCUGCUGCCGCUACCGAGGCUGGCAAGGACGCCUCCGCUUCGCCAGGAAACCGUUCUGUGUCAUAGACAUCAUUGUGCUCAUCGCCUCAGUUGCCGUGGUUUCAGCAGGUAGCCAGGGUAACAUCUUUGCCACAUCUGCGCUGCGUAGCCUUCGCUUCCUGCAGAUCCUGCGCAUGGUGCGCAUGGACCGCAGGGGAGGGACCUGGAAGCUGCUGGGAUCUGUAGUUUAUGCACAUAGUAAGGAGCUGGUGACUGCGUGGUACAUUGGGUUCCUGGUGCUAAUCUUCUCCUCCUUCUUGGUCUAUUUGGUGGAGAAAGAAAUCAACGAUGAGUUCGCCACCUACGCCGACGCUCUGUGGUGGGGCACGAUAACCCUGACAACCAUCGGCUACGGUGACAAGACCCCACAGACGUGGACGGGGCGGUUAUUAUCGGCCGGUUUUGCUCUGCUGGGGAUCUCGUUCUUCGCUCUGCCAGCAGGCAUCCUGGGGUCAGGUUUUGCCUUGAAAGUGCAGGAGCAGCAUCGACAGAAGCACUUUGAAAAGAGGAGGAACCCAGCUGCCAGCCUCAUCCAGUGUGUCUGGCGUAGUUAUGCUGCUGAUGAGAACUCGGUUUCCAUUGCUACCUGGAAGCCUCAUUUGAAGGCGUUGCAUACCUGCAGCCCCGCCAAGAAAGAGCAGGGCGAGACUACUUACAGUCAGAAGUUGAGUUUUAAGGAGCGGGUCCGGAUGGCGAGUCCCCGAGGUCAGAGCAUGAAGAGCAGGCAGACGUCCAUCAACGACCGCCAACGCUCUUCCCCUGGAAAUGAGGUGGUAGGCGGCCCUGAGAUAAUGAGCGGGAGUCCGGCCAAAGUGCAGAAGAGCUGGAGCUUCAACGAUCGGACCCGCUUCAGGCCGUCGCUGAGGCUGAAGAGCCAAACUCGCACUGCUGUCCCAGACGUGGAUGCAGGCAUGACGACGGAGGAUUCCUUCGAUGAGAGAGGCUGCCAUUGUGAUGUUACAGUGGAGGAUCUGUCAGCUCCCCUCAAGGCUGUCAUCAGAGCGGUCAGGAUCAUGAAGUUCCACGUGGCUAAAAAGAAGUUUAAGGAGACAUUGCGUCCGUACGAUGUGAAGGACGUUAUAGAGCAAUACUCUGCAGGACACCUGGACAUGCUCUGUCGCAUCAAGAGCCUUCAGACUAGGGUGGAUCAGAUUCUGGGAAAAGGCCAGAUCCCUGUGGAUAAGAAGAUGAGGGACAAACUGCACCCAGAUGGAGACUCUCUGGAGGGCAUGAGCAUGCUGGGACGUGUGUGUAAAGUGGAGAGACAGGUAACUUCCAUUGAAUCAAAGUUGGACUCUUUGUUGGACGUUUACCGCCAAGUCCUACAAAAAGGCCCCACGGCACUCACCCUCUCCUCGCUCCCCCUGUUUGAGCUGGACAACCACCACAACUCGGACUACCAGACCUCCAUCAUCAGCAGGGACCUCCCCUCUCCACAGGGAGGUGACUCGGUUGUCGGCGGAGGAGAGAACAACGGAGGAAUCCGCCGUUCUCUUAACACCAACCCAAGAGGCCUGCGACUCAUCCUGGCACCUGCCGAUGAUGACGGCCCCCCAGACUCAGCGCCUCCAUCCUACCCCCCGUCCACAGCCUCGCUCUCCCCGUCACCCCUGCUGCCUCCUGAUAGUCCCUACCCAACAUUGGUGACGCCCAAUGGUACCUCCAAAAGAGCACACUUCCCUGACCUGCCACCUCCACCUCCCUCAACAGGAGGUCUCACCCUCCGACUUCCCCCCAUGUUGCACCCCUCCCACCUCCGAUGCUCCCCUGACCCCGUCCCAGAUGAUAUGACAGAUGAAGUCCUGGCGGACGAGGGGAGCCUGGGCCCCUCUGUUGUUGUGGCGUCCAGUGUGGAUGCUGACCAGGAAGGGGACAGUGAGGCGGUCCCUGAGAAUGAAACGGUGCAGCUGCGGGAGAAGCCUGGCUUGAAAUCCGAGGGGGUCUGGAGGAGGCACAUGAGCCUGGAGGUGAACCCCCUGCUGCUGCUCUCGUCCAGCCCAGAUGAGAGGUCCUCAGACUGGGGAGGCAAUCUUGGUAAGUCCCUCUCCGUGCACAAUCUCAGCCAGCCUUUGAACAACCGUGCCCCCGGUCUCUCCUCUGCGCUCAACAACAGCAGCAGCAGCAACAGUAGCAAACGUGGCAAUGCCCACGGAGACCUUAGCAACUGGGACGGGACAGAACUCUUCAUUAGUGAGUGCAAGCUCGAGCCAGAGGAAGAACAUUUCAGCUUCCUGUCCCAGGGACCCGACAGCAGCCCCUCAGACCUUUUACAGACUGUAGAGGAGGCUGCUCCUCACCCCGACUUUCUCAGUCAGCCUCCACAUAUACAGCUGGCAUAACCACACACACACAAACACACACACACACACACACACACACGCACGCAUACGCAUACUGUACAUACACACCAUUGUUGGGGACGCCACUUUUAAGGUAUUUUUUAUAGGAAACUAUACAGAUUAUGUUGCAAAUGUCCAAUCAAUGCUUUGCAUAUGGACAUAAAAAAAAUUCACAUUUUGUCCGACAUGAUUUUGUCCACUUUCAUAAAGAUUUCAUUAUGUUAUAAACUUUUCACACGGUACUAAAAUUACUAGAGAUGCACGGUAUUGGAUUUUUUGCCAAUAUCUAAUAUGCCGACUUGACAACUUAUUUGGCUUAUAACUGAUAUCUCUAUAACCACUUUUUUACCCCACCUAAUUAAUGUCAUAUUAUGAACACUCUUAUUGUGA